CUUUUUCUUCAUCUUGCUAAGUGCUAACAAACAGAUCGAAUAGAAAGCAAUUCGUGAAAACACCUAAAGGCUAAAGCAAGUUUUUCUAGAGGAGGAAAAGAAAAUGCAGGGAGUUAAUGAGAAAGCAGCUAAUGCAGCAGCCUCAGCAAAGUCUGGCAUGGAGAAGACCAAGGCCACCAUUGAAGAAAAUGCAGAGAGAAUCACAAGUAGGGACUCAUUGAAGAAAGAGAUAGCAACAGAGAAGAAAGAUGACAGGAAAACUGCUGCUGCGCUGAACAAGAGAGAAGCGAUGGAUCAAAAUGCAGCUGCAAGGGAUGGAGGAGCUCAGGGCUACACUACAACCGGGACUGCUUAUGAUCCAACAGAAGACGUGACUGGAGGUGGAGGGCGAGUGCGCUCCGGCCAUCCGACUUCGGCUGGAAGAAUACAAGAUUCUAGUUUUCCUUGUUGAGCUACCACUCUUAAGAAGAAUACAUGUAUUGGUUUAAAUAAUAGGAUGAGAAGCUGCUAUACUCUUUGGUUUCUGUGAAUUAAAGGGUUGUAUGAAUGACACUUAUUGUAUGUGGAUGCACUGACCACAACAUGCAUGGAAUAAAGAAAGCACUCUCUGUUUCUGAUGA